AUGGCGGCAUCCGACGUGGCAUCCGCCAUUCUGUUAUUAUCACUAUGUUGCUCUCUCGCCAUCGCCUCUUCUUCUUCUGUUUGCCGCUCCACUCCUCAAGAGGUAAUUAUUAGGAUGUGGGUUAAUGGAACUGAAGGUAAGAACAUUGAAGGCUUGGGUGCAUUAUUCGGUGGUACAUUACCUAUACAUGAGAAAGAAGGGAUUCGACUACCGGCUACUAUUUCACAACCUGUUGACUGCUGUUCCAACCUAACAUCAAAGUUAUCUGGAUCUAUUACAAUAUGUCAACGUGGGAGCUGUGAUUUUUCAAGGAAGGCUGAAGUGGCACAAUCAGGAGGUGCAUCUGGAUUGUUGGUGAUAAAUACUGAAGAAGGUGGGCUACCUGUGAUAGAUUGUUCAAACACUAAAACCCUUAAUAUUAAUAUUCCGUUUGUGGUUAUCACAAAGUCGGAUGGAGAACUUCUAAGCAAGGCUUUGGCAGGUGGAAGCAAUGAUGGUGAGCGUUGA